AGCAACAUCUACAGCAUCAGUGACUUCAGAUAAAAAUGGACCUCAGAUCAACGGGUUUUCCUCUGCUGCUGCUCCUCCUGGGCCUCUGUAAAGCUCACCAUGAUCACAGUGCUGAUAACGUGAAUAAGUCGGACAUGGAGGACGUAGCCACUACUAUUCUACGGAUGAACAAUGGAUCCAGAGAUUUUCUACUGGAAGGAGACGUGCUGAUUCCAAGAACCAGGAAUGCUAUGAGGUGCUUCAAUAAAGCAUAUUCCUGCCUGUGGCCAAAGUCUGAUAAUGGCAAUGUGGAAAUCCCUUUCCUUAUAAGCCCAAAGUAUGAUGACAGUGAGAAGAAUGAGAUUUUAAAAGCGAUGAAGGACUUUGAAUACAAAACCUGCAUUCACUUCAUUCCACGUGAAAAUCAGAGGGUGUACCUGAGCAUUGAACCCAGAUAUGGUUGCUUCUCUUUACUGGGUCGUAUUGGAGACAGGCAGGUAUUGUCUCUGCAGAGGUUUGGCUGCAUAAGUUUCGGCAUCAUCCAGCAUGAACUGAUGCAUGCUCUGGGUUUCUACCAUGAGCAAAACCGCAGCGAUCGAGACCAGUAUGUCAAAAUCAACUUUGAAAACUUCAACGAAUAUUAUUCCAUCAACUUCCAAAAAAAAGACACAAACAAUCUCAACACUCCAUAUGAUUACUCCUCUCUAAUGCACUAUGGAAGAACUGCAUUUGGUUCAUUUGGGAAGGAAACUAUAACACCCAUCCCGGACGCUUCUGUUCCCAUCGGGCAGAGACAAAGCCUGUCCGAGAUCGACAUUCUCCGGAUCAACAGGCUUUACAAAUGCUGGAGCUACAUCUGA